UAUUGUGCGCGAAUAUGUGAAGCUGGCUGCAGUGUCUGAUAAGAGUGAAAACCAGCGUACAUUCAGCUGUACAUUACAUCCAGGUGAAGAACAUCCACGUUGCCUAGCUCGUUUGUCUCAGUAACCAAAUAAUAAUAUAUUUAUCACCCUUAACACACGGAAGUCCGGGCCUGCUGCGGGUACGUGAAGGCACCCGUAGAUUCAUCAAGAGGAAUGUCAGCCUCGGGAAGUAACCCGGCCUCUGAUUGGCCGGGGCGAGUCACGUGACCAUUUCCCAAGCGGAGUUUCCACGACAGCUGGAAGCCGAGCGGCACAGGCGCAUCGCUUCUUUUUGCUGGGGGGGAAAAAAUAGUCGGAAAUAACAAGACUUCUGCUCGUCUCAACACCUCCAGAGGAACCCUGGUCUGGCAUGGGCGACAAGAGGAGUCCCACAAGGCCGAAGCGUCAACCGAAGCCCUCCUCCGACGAGGGGUUUUGGGACUGCAGCGUGUGCACGUACAAGAACACGGCCGAGGCUUUUAAGUGCAUGAUGUGUGAUGUGAGGAAGGGGACAUCAACAAGGAAGCCUCGUCCCGUCUCCCAGCUCGUCUCGCAGCAGCAGGUAACGCAGCAGUUCGUGUUACCCUCGCAGCCCAAAAAGGAAAAGAAGGAGAGGGUAGAGAGGGAGAAGAGCGACAGGGAGCCGGCGCUCAAGAAGAACAGUCACAAGAAGAUGAGGCCGAGGUUAAAAAACAUCGACCGCAGCAGCGCCCAGCACCUGGAGGUGACGGUUGGGGACCUGACGGUCAUCAUAACGGACUUUAAGGAGAAGGCCAAGCCCUCGUCCACCUCGGCCACGUCCUCCAGCGCCGCGUCGUCGGUGGUCGACCACCACAGCCAGAACGGCUCCAGCUCAGAAAACACAGAGAAGGGCCUCUCCCGCUCCUCCUCACCCCGAGGAGAGGGGAGCUCUGUCAACGGGGAGUCCCACUGAGUCACCCCCUCGAAUCCCCCACCCACCCCCAGCCACAUCUCAUCCGCAAAUCUACAGGUCACUGGAGGGGAAUCCUGCUACUUUAGAGCUGCACUAAAAACUGUUUUUUGCUUACUUUCUUCUGGAAUUCUUACCUAUUUGUCCAAGAAUGUGGUGCCAACCCAUCAGAUUUGGCAGGUUUAAUCAUUUGAAAGUCCUCCUCAGCACUGGAAUUCAGCAUUUAGAAAGCAAUAUGAAAUAGCUAUUGCUUCAUCCUGGAAGUAUAAUAUAGUAGACUACAUCACAAAUAAACAUCUGGACAGCGUGCUGGACCCUUUCAGUUUUUUUAUCCUCUGUGGUUUCCACCUGAUUAUCAAGAUUUUUCCUUUUUCAGUAUUUUUAUUAAACGAAACGUGCAGCCCCACCCUCGGUAACAUCAGCGGCCGGCGGAGUGACCUAUUCUUCCCCGUGUGGAAUUCUCAGCCACUGUCUGGAUUCUUUACCUACCUGCUACAAACCUGAACCAUGUAGUACACAGUUUCUCAGUGUCCUUACACUGAAGCUUCAAUCUGACAGUGAACCUUUGCUCCUGAUCUUGAUACUCCAAGCUUUUACUUCUGGGCUGCCUCUGCUGAAGAGUGACUUUUCUGACACUGCACAGUGGCUGUACUGUACUUCUGGCACUGUUUGGUGAUGUUCAUAAUGUCUGGAGCAGGUUGUUAGUUAGGUAUGCUUAUUAUGGCCGUAUAAUAGCACCUGGCAGAAAGGUACAGCAUAUGAUUUUAAAAGGUCAAUACCGGUUAUUUUGUUUUUAAAAUUUGUGCCACAGUCAGCUUUUUCUAUCUUGGCUGCCAUUCAUUUUGUGUGGUAUAUUAUAUAUUACAUAUUGAAUAAUUUGAGAAAACUUCAGCUGUACGCAGCUUUUAACUUAUUGUUUUGGUUUUCUGGCCCUUAUGGAGACCAACCAUAGAUCCUACAUGUCCAGCAAACCAGUUCAGACAAGCUGCUGUUACACUGUUGUUAUCAUCAAGAAGCCAGAAACACAUCUAAAGUGAUAUUAAUGUUGGUACAUGUCUGAUAGAUGAAGUAGGCAAUAAAUUGUGAACAUAUUGGCUAUAACGGCUAAAGUUGAUAAAAUCUCAGGGCUGUGUUAAAUUAAGUUGAUAUCUUUGCUGCCCUCUAGCUGUCAAAAAAAAACCUUCACGUCACGCCAUGACUACAGUUCUUACAGCCUUACAAAUGCACCUCUUAUUUCUGCCUUUAUUUUCUUAAACAAGAGCUAAUUUCAAACCAGGUUUAUCACCAUAAAGUCUGUUACAGAGAUGAAAAAAGAAACUUAAUUGCACAAUGACGUCGCCAGCGGACUGUAGAGGACGCCGGUAUUGUCCUUUUAAUCUCUGCUGCACAAACAGGGCUGCACCUGCUCAGUGUCCCAGUGGAAAAGCAGAGGAUUCUCAUACUGUUGUGCAGCCACAGAGGACCCAGUCUGGAUACAGUGUGGUGCUUGUACAACGGAAAAAGAGUUUGGACUUCAGGACACAUUUGUGAGCUGUACGAGGGACAUCCUGCAGAGUGAUUGAUGGGGACUUCAGAAACUGUUUGAAUUCCUCCAUUCUGAAGCAAAGUGGAGGAGCUUUAGAGUAUAAUAAACUCCCAGCAGAACAACUAUAGAUCAACCUAACUACACAAUAACUUAUAAAACCCUGUAGAGUAACUACACAGAUGAUAUGGAUAUUUCUAAAAUAUUAUACUACAAUGUCUUGAUGUGGCUGUAUUAUCCAUCAUACCAGUGUUACUGUCGAGAUUUUUACUUUAAAGUUUUAGCACUCAUCCUGAGAACUGUCACGGCAUGAUGAUAUUAUACGGUCUCGGUAUAUUGUGGGACAGGCUGUGUCUCUUAGUUUGUUAGUAUCGUUUAAUGUGUCAGAGAUGUACUCUCAUAGGUUCACUGCACUAGCUGGGACUAGGUGUGUGGACGCGUGAGAACUGUCCAGACAGACAUUUGUUAUUUGGUUGUGGCAAAAAUGGACGACACUUAAAAAUGUGUUAGUGUCACUUGUUGAUAUAAUUUUGUUUGUUUUGCUUUGCCAUGCUCAGUUGUUUAAAAAAAAAAAAAAGAAACGUGUGAACUUGUUUA